AUGUUAAGACAAACAUUGAAACUUGCCAAACCGGCUAGAUUGUUUUCCACCUCUGUGGUGGCUAGAAAUGCCAAGACCCCAACCAAGGAGUUCAAGACUGCCAAAAACUUGUCUGAGGUUCAUGACAAAUAUGAUCUAGUUGGACCUGGUGCUAAAAAAGGAGAGGUUCCAACCGACUUGGAGCAGGCAACUGGUUUAGAAAGAUUCGAACUCUUGGGUAAAUUAGAAGGUGUUGAGGUGUUUGAAAACAAGCCUUUGGACGCUUCCAGAAAGGGAACCUUACAGCACCCAAUUGUUGUCGACUCUUAUGAUCCUUACAGAUAUAUUGGAUGUACUGGUUCUCCUGCUGGCUCUCACAUUGUUAUGUGGCUAAAGCCAAGUGUUGAUAAGGUUGCCAGAUGCUGGGAAUGCGGUUCUGUUUACAAGUUGAACUACUUGGGUACAGAGGACCCUCACAAACAUGACCAUUAA